AUGGAACGCCGUAGAAUAAUUCUGGGGAUUUCGAAAAUGGCGACCGUUUCCUUCACGCACCGCGCCCCUUGGCGCGUGUUGUAUAUAUUAAGUAGCUUAAAUGGCCCGGUUUUUUUCAAACAGCAGCCAGUUAGUAGGGCUCAAAAUAGAAGAAGCACACAAGCUACAAGCAAGCAAACAAAUACAACUAAACUUUUACAUAAAUCAAACAUGUCAGACUGGGAUACAAACACUAUUAUCGGUAGCAGAGCCAGAGCCGGCGGUUCAGGCCCAAGAGCCAAUGUCGCCAGAUCUCAAGGACAAAUCAACGCCGCAAGAAGACAAGGUUUGGUUGUCUCCGUGGAUAAGAAGUACGGUUCCACCAACACCAAGGGUGACAACGAAGGCCAGCGGUUAACCAUGGUUGACCGUGAGACAGAUAUUGUCAAGCCUAAGAAAAUGGACGCCAACGUCGGGAAGGCCAUUUCGCGCGCCAGAACGGAGAAAAAAAUGUCUCAGAAGGACUUGGCCACCAAGAUCAACGAAAAGCCAACCGUGGUUAAUGAUUACGAAGCCGCUAGAGCCAUUCCAAACCAACAGGUUUUGUCCAAGCUGGAAAGAGCCCUGGGUAUCAAGUUGAGAGGUAACGACAUUGGUUCACCUUUGGGUGGUCCAAAGAAGAAGUGA